AUGCCUCCCACCCCAUCUAGCCCUCCUCCUGAAGAAAGCAUGCCUCCCAUCCCAUCUAGCCCUCCUCCCGAAGAAAGCAUGCCUCCCAUUCCAUCUAGCCCUCCUCCUGAAGAAAGCAUGCCACCCAUCCCAUCUAGCCCUCCUCCUGAAGAAAGCAUGCCACCCAUCCCAUCUAGCCCUCCUGAAGAAAGCAUGCCUCCCAUCCCAUCUAGCCCUCUUCCUGAAGAAAGCAUGCCACCCAUCCCAUCUAGCCCUCCUCCUGAAGAAAGCAUGCCUCCCAUCCCAUCUAGCCCUCCUCCUGAAGAAAGCAUGCCUCCCAUCCCAUCUAGCCCUUCUCCCGAAGAAAGCAUGCCUCCCAUCCCAUCUAGCCCUUCUCCCGAAGAAAGCAUGCCUCCCAUCCCAUCUAGCCCUCCUCCCGAAGAAAGCAUGCCUCCCAUCCCAUCUAGCCCUCCUCCCGAAGAAAGCAUGCCUCCCAUCCCAUCUAGCCCUCCUCCCAAAGAAAGCAUGCCUCCCAACCCAUCUAGCCCUCCUCCUGAAGAAAGCAUGCCUCCCAUCCCAUCUAGCCCUCCUCCUGAAGAAAGCAUGCCACCCAUCCCAUCUAGCCCUCCUCCCGAAGAAAGCAUGCCUCCCAUCAGUCCCCCCAUCCCCCAACAACAUCCAGAGAUCCCCGUACCACCCCUUCCCGUGGGCCUGAAAGCGGAAAAAAAGUUAAUAAAAUAAAUAUAUAGAAUUGGUUUGUAUGUGUGGCGCUUUAGCUGAGAUUGUUCUUUACAUAGUCAAGUAUAUUUGUUGGUGAAAGUUAAUGUUCUUAAGCUUUACAAUAUGUGCCAAACAUCUUAUUCAUUAACUUUAUAUCAUUCAUCCAUGUAAUUUUAUUGCAUGAAGCAAUAUUACAAAUAAAUACAGUGGGAAACUUGUGAUGAACAUAGACCUGCUGAACGUCUUUUUCAAGUAACCAAUGGCCUUUAAGAAAGUAGAGUUGAUGGGCACACUAAUGAGGUUUGAGUUAUGAAUUUAAUUGAAUACUGUGAAAUAUUUUCUUAAUGAAUUGCUAAAGAGGAUGACUUUUUAAUAAGGAUGGUCUUGACAAUAAAGGCUUUCUGAUAACGAAUGCUAA